UGCGCGUCCCGGGCGGUUCGGCUCAACAGACGCUGGUCUGCCGGCGCCGGGGAGCGACGCUGCAGUUGUCGCGGCGGACGGGGCAGCAGACGGGCGUCCCCUCGCAGUGUGGCCGCGACGGCUGCGCCCCAGGGUACCCAGGAGGCGGCGCGGGGAGUGAAUGAUCUGGGGCUCUGUCGGGCCGGUGUGGGCCCAAGGCCGGAGUAACCCGCGCCCCGGCGUCGCGAUUCUUGCUGAAAUCUGUUAAUUCUACUUUUUGAGCACUUAUGAAUAACCACGUAUCUUCAAAACCAUCUACCAUGAAGUUAAAACAUACCAUCAACCCCAUUCUUUUAUAUUUCAUACAUUUUAUAAUAUCACUUUAUACUAUUUUAACAUACAUUCCAUUUUAUUUUUUCUCUGAGUCAAGACAAGAAAAAUCAAACAAAAUUAAAGCAAAGCCUGUAAAUGCCAAGCCUGAGUCUGCAUACAGAGCUGUUAAUAGUUUGGAUGGUUUGGCCUCAGUAUUAUACCCUGGAUGUGAUACUCUAGAUAAAGUUUUUAUGUAUGCGAAAAACAAAUUUAAAAACAAAAGACUUUUGGGAACACGUGAAAUUUUAAAUGAGGAAGAUGAAGUACAACCAAAUGGAAAAAUUUUUAAAAAGGUUAUUCUUGGACACUAUGAUUGGCUCUCCUAUGAAGAUGUCUUUGUUCGAGCCCUUAAUUUUGGAAAUGGCUUACAGAUGUUGGGUCAGAAACCGAAGACCAACAUUGCUAUCUUCUGUGAGACCAGGGCCGAGUGGAUGAUUGCAGCACAGGCGUGUUUUAUGUAUAAUUUUCAGCUUGUUACAUUAUAUGCUACUCUCGGAGGUCCAGCAAUCGUUCAUGGAUUGAAUGAAACAGAGGUGACCAACAUUAUUACUAGUAAGGAGCUCCUGCAAACAAAGUUAAAGGAUAUAGUUUCUUUGGUGCCACGCCUGCGGCACAUCAUCACUGUUGAUGGGAAGCCGCCAACCUGGUCUGAGUUCCCCAAAGGUGUCAUUGUUCAUACCAUGGCUGCGGUUCAGGCCCUGGGAGCCAAGGCCAGCGUGGAAAACCAACCUCGUAGCAGACCGUUGCCCUCAGACAUUGCAGUGAUCAUGUACACAAGUGGAUCCACAGGACUCCCAAAGGGAGUCAUGAUCUCACAUAGUAACGUCAUUGCUGGUAUAACUGGGAUGGCGGAAAGGAUUCCAGGACUGGGAGAGGAAGAUGUCUACAUUGGAUAUUUGCCUCUGGCCCAUGUUCUAGAGCUGAGUGCUGAGCUUGUCUGUCUUUCUCAUGGAUGCCGCGUCGGCUACUCUUCACCACAGACUUUAGCAGAUCAGUCCUCAAAAAUAAAAAAAGGAAGUAAAGGGGAUACCUCCAUGUUGAAACCGACACUGAUGGCGGCUGUUCCGGAAAUCAUGGAUCGAAUCUAUAAAAAUGUCAUGAAUAAAGUGAAUGAAAUGAGCAGUUUUCAACGCAAUCUGUUUAUUUUGGCCUAUAAUUACAAAAUGGAACAGAUCUCAAAAGGACGCAGUACUCCACUGUGUGAUAGUUUUGUUUUCCGGAAAGUUCGAAGCUUGCUGGGUGGAAAUAUCCGGCUUCUCUUGUGUGGUGGUGCUCCCCUUUCUGCAACCACGCAGCGAUUCAUGAAUAUCUGUUUUUGCUGUCCCGUUGGCCAGGGAUAUGGACUUACGGAAUCUGCUGGGGCUGGAACAAUUACAGAAGUGUGGGACUACAAUACUGGCAGAGUGGGAGCACCAUUAGUUUGCUGUGAAAUCAAAUUAAAGAACUGGGAGGAAGGUGGAUACUUUAAUACUGAUAAACCGCACCCUAGAGGUGAAAUUCUUAUUGGUGGCCAAAAUGUGACAAUGGGAUAUUACAAAAAUGAAGCAAAAACAAAAACUGAUUUCUUUGAAGAUGAAAAUGGACAGAGGUGGCUCUGCACUGGAGAUAUUGGAGAGUUUGACCCCGAUGGUUGUUUAAAAAUUAUUGAUCGUAAAAAGGACCUUGUAAAACUACAAGCAGGAGAGUAUGUUUCUCUUGGGAAAGUAGAGGCAGCUUUGAAGAAUCUUCCACUAAUAGAUAACAUUUGUGCAUAUGCAAAUAGUUAUCAUUCUUACGUCAUCGGAUUUGUCGUGCCAAAUCAAAAGGAGCUAACAGAACUAGCUCGAAGGAAAGGACUUAAAGGGACUUGGGAGGAGCUGUGUAACAGCUGUGAAAUGGAAAAUGAAGUGCUGAAAGUACUUUCUGAAGCUGCUAUUUCAGCAAGUCUGGAAAAGUUUGAAAUUCCAGUAAAAAUUCGUUUGAGCCCUGAACCAUGGACCCCUGAAACUGGUCUGGUGACAGAUGCCUUCAAGCUGAAACGCAAAGAGCUGAAAACACAUUACCAGGCGGACAUUGAGAGAAUGUAUGGAAGAAAGUAAUUGUUUUCUUUUUGGCAUCGGUUUGCUACAGUGAGCUCAGAUCAAAUAGGAAAAUACUUGAAAUGCCUGUCUCAAACUGUGAGGCAAACUUCAUUCUUCACAUUAAAUCUAAACUGUUAUUUCUCAUGGCAUCACCGUUUUUAACUGACAGGAUUAGUAAAAUAUUAAGACGGCAAACUGGCGUCUGUCUGUUCUUUCUUUUCCCCUCCUCCAGUUUAGUUUCCCACCUGUGACUGUAUUUGUCAGUAUGAGAAUUUUUCUGAAUCAUAUUGGGGGAGCAGUGAUUUUAAAACCUCCAGUUUUUAAACAUGAUUUAUAUGUUCUGUAUAAUGUUCAGUUUGUAACUUUUUAAAGUUUGGAUGUAUAGAGGGAUAAAUAGGAAAUAUAAGAAUUGGUUAUUGGGGGGCUUUUUUACUUAACUGUAUUUAAUAAUACAAGGGUAUUGAUGUGAAAUUAUGUAAAUUUCAAAUGCUUAUGAAUCAAAUCAUUGUUGAACAAAAGAUUUGUUGCUGUGUAAUUACUGUCUUGUAUGCAUUUGAGAGAAAUAAAUAUACCCGUAUGUAUGUUUUAAGAAAUUGAGGUCUUGUGAA